AUGAAUGUUGAAAAUCAACAACCUGACCCCAACCUCAAACUCAACCAACUCCCAUCGUAUGACCUAAAAGGGUUAUACAGAAGCAACUGUCAUCGAUUAACAAAAACGAAAUUUGGCAAAGGGUUUGAGAAGGAAAAAGCCUCCAACUACCGAAGCGAACCAAGUGGAACAGUAAGCAUAAUCACCCAAAAGCUUAUGCAAAAACUGGGCCUUACCCCUACCCAAGAGUCCAAGACCGUGGUCGUUAUCACCAAUGGAGGAAGAGCUAAGGCUCUUAGUAUAGUCGAAAAUAUGAGGAUAUUCACCAAAUCUAGAGCCACUCUAGAUUUUGGAAAACAUACCUUACACAUUAGAUCUUUAGGCAAACAAGCCACCAUAAACACUAUUCACAUUAUACAUCUACUGCUAUUACCAAUUGACGAAAAUGAUGACGAUGAGCAAUGGAUUGAUAAAUUAGACAAAGAGGAAGAACUAGAAAUGUUCUUCUCCGAUGAAUUAGCCGUCAACUCAGAUGAAGACCUGUAUUACAACCCUUGGGAACAAGAAGUAAGUAUUAAUCAGGACAACCCGGCAAUAUACCUUACUGAAAUAUCCAACAAUAAUCCCAUGGCCCCAAGGAAACCCGAAUUCAAUGUAGAGCAGGAGGUUACCUCUGAACAAAAGAAGGCUGCCCAAGAUUUGCUUGUGCAAAAUUAUGAGAUAUUUGCCACAGAUAUCUCCAAAAAUAGCCAGACCAUAG